AUGCUCCGGCGCUCUCCGGUGCCACGGCGCUACCGCACGGCGUGGCGUGAGCUGCUACACCCGCUCCCGGUGUGGGCGCGCAAGCAGCAGUGGCUGAAGCGCGAUACCGUCGAGAUGAACGAGGCCAUCCUGCGUGAGCCCUAUUAUCACAUCAAAACCUACGCGCAGCCUUCCGCGUUUGUGUCCCCGCGCGUGAGCGAGUGCGCCACGCGUGAGCCAGACACCCAACAGAGCAGCCGCUACGGCGUAGAUCGUCAGCUGCGUGGACCGCGCCGUGCAGUGUCACCGGAGCGCCUGCAGGAGCUGCGUGAGCAGCUGCAAUUUGGGGGAGCCAUUGGGCCUCACGCGCCGCCGACGGCAGGGGCAGGCCCGACCUACCAGGACGAGUAUGGUACUCGGCUGCGCCCGCGCUACCCAGAGUCGUGGGAUACAGUGCCUCCGCACCAGCCCUCACGCUCUGAGAUUUGA